AUGUUGUGGGUGUUGGUUGGGGGGUGUGUGGUGGUUGUUGGGUUGUUUUGUGGUUUUUUGGUUGUUUUGUGUUUUAGGUUGUGUUGUGUUGGUUUGUGGUGUUGGUGGUGGUGGUUGUGGGUGUUGGGGUUUGGUUGGGUGGUGGUAUGUUGUGGUGUUUGUUUUGAUUUUUGUGUUUUGUUUUUUGUUGUUGUUGGUUGGUGGGGGGGUUGGUGUUUUGGGGUGGUGGGGUUGGGGGUGUGUUGGUGGGUUUUUUUUGUUUGGUUGUUUUUUUUGGUGGUGGGGGGUUGUAGGUGGGGUUUUGUUGGAGGGGUGUGUUGGGGUUGUGUGGUUAGGGUUUGUGUUUUGGGUAUGGUGGUGGUGGGUUGGGUUAUGUGUGUUUGUUGGUGUGUGGUAUGGUGGUGGGUUUGUGGGUGUGAUGGGAUGUGGGGGGGGAUUAGGAGUUGA